AUGUUUCAUACCCUGCGCCCCACCACGCUCGCGGUCGGCACCUUGGCGGCGCUGCUCGCGCUGAGCGGCUGCGCGCCCCUCGUGCCGACCUUGCCCAAGCCGCUGCCAGUCGCCAGCAUCGCCGGCGACACGAGCGCCAAGCCGGAGGUCACGGCGCGAGAGACCACCCGGGUCUCGCCUGGCCCGAAGGCGCCCGAAGUCGAGACGCCCUCGCUGGCGGUCACCGCACCCGUGGCGCAGCCCACGGACGAAGUGGUCGCUGCCGUCAACCUGCAGCAGGUGGCCUUGCCGACCUUCAUUUCGGUCGUCUACGCCGAUGUGCUGAAGAAGAACGUGAGCGUCGACCCGGCGGUCACGGCACGCCCGGACCUGGUCACGUUCAAGACCGGCAACGGCCAGACCGCGGCCCAGGUCGAGACCGCCGUGCGUCUGCUGCUGAAGAGCUAUGGCCUGUCGGUCAUCGAGGUGGGUGGACUGGUUCGCGUCGUGCCCGACAACGCCAGCCAGGGUGGCGAUCUGCCGGGGCUCCGCUACGGUGCGGCGCUGCCGUCAGUGCCUGCGUCGCUGCGGCCGGUGUUCCAGCUCAUCCCGCUGGAGGCGGUCCGCCAGGUUGACGUCACCGGCUGGCUGCGCACGCUCUUCGGGGAUCGCAUCCGGGUGCAGGAAGACUCCACCCGCAAUGCGGUGCUGAUCAGCGGCAACCCGGACAACGUGAGGGCGGCACUCGAGGCGCUCGCCGUGCUGGACCAGCCCGCGCUGAAGGGACGCACGAGCCUGACCCUGACGCCGGCGUUCUGGUCGGCCGAGGAACUCGCUCGCCGCCUCGGUGAAGUGCUGUCCGCCGAAGGCUAUGCAGUCCACCCCGUCGGCUCACCCUUGACGCAGGGCGGCCUGCGCAACCCGAUCGUGCUGCUGCCCGUGUCGAGCCUGAACCAGGUCUUCGUCUUCGCGGCCGGCGAGAAGGUGGCCGCGCACAUCGCCGAAUGGGCCAAGACGCUGGACAAGCCCAACGAACGGGGUGUCGGCAAGAACCUGUUCACCUACGCCGUCAAGCACAAGGACGCCGAACAGCUGGCCCAGACCCUGGACCGCGUGCUCGGCGGCGGUGGCACCACGGCGAGCACCACGCCCGCCGCGCCCGGUGCGGCCACCACCGCUGCCACGACGACGGCCAGCCGCCUGUCCAACGUCGUCGUCGACAAGGCCAGCAACACGCUGAUCUUCCAGGUCAACCCUGAGGAAUUCGGUCAGGUCUCGGCCUUGCUGCAGACCCUGGACAAGCCCACCAAGUCGGCGCUGAUCGAAGUGACGGUGGCCGAGCUGCAGCUGGAGGACGGCGCUCAACUCGGCGUUCAGUGGCUGACGAGCCACCUCGAGGGCGCCAAAGGGCCGGGCUACAUCGCGACCGCCAGCAGCGGCUCGGGCAGCACCGGCGGCUUCAAUGUCCAGAUCUUCAACGCCCUGGGCGGGCAGCGCCUGGCCAUCGACGCACUCGCGAGCAACUCGCGCGCGACCAUCCUGUCGAGCCCGCGCCUCAUGGCGCGCAAUGGCGAGACGGCGCUGAUCCAGGUCGGUGACGAGGUGCCGGUGCUCAGUUCGCAGAUCGGCACCAACACCGGCACCGCCGGCACGGCGGGCCAGCUGCUGGCGACCUACCAGUACCGCUCCACCGGCGUCAUCCUGCGCAUCAAGCCCGUCAUCCACUCAGGUGACCAGAUCGACAUCGACCUGUCGCAGGAAGUGAGUCGGCCGGUGCAGACGACGGCGGGCAACUCCACCACGCCCACCAUCUCGACGCGCAAGGUCGAGACCAAGCUGACGCUGCGCAAUGGCUCGACCAUGCUGCUGGCUGGCCUCAUCGACGGCUCGGCCUCGGACGGCAACGGCGGCGUGCCGCUGCUCAAGGACAUCCCGGUCGUGGGCAGCCUGUUCAAGAACCAGACGGUCAAGAAGUCGCGGCGCGAAAUGAUCAUCCUGAUCACGCCCUACAUCGCCAACGAUUCCACCGAGGCGGAGGCGAUCACCGAGAGCUUCCGCAAGCAAUUGGAGUGGGCUCGCCCGGCGGGGCCGGACAAGGGCGACGUCGCGCCGAAGCCAUGA